CUCGGCGUUCGGGGUCAGAGGUGAGAGGUGAGGGGUGAGAGCGGCGGCGGCCUCCGGGAAGAUGGCAGAGAGCGAGCGGCGGGCAGGCAAUUCAGAGGAGAUGGCUCCUCCCCUCCAGCAGAGCUUCAUGAUCCCCAGAAAGGAGAUAAACAUGGUUUCUGACAUGGGCAAGUGGAAGCGCUCUCAGGCAUACGCAGAUUACAUGGGCUUCAUCCUCACCCUGAACGAAGGUGUCAAGGGCAGGAAACUGACCUGUGAAUACAACGUUUCAGAGCCAAUUGAAAAGCUGGUGGCUCUUCUGAACACCCUUGACAGAUGGAUCGAUGAAACCCCACCAGUGGAUCAACCUUCUCGCUUUGGGAACAAAGCCUUCAGGACUUGGUACGCCAAACUAGACCAGGAAGCAGAAAAUUUGGUGGCAACAGUGAUCCCCAAACAUUUGGCCAGCGCUGCACCAGAAGUGGCCGUGUACCUGAAAGAGUCCGUGGGGAACUCUACCCGCAUUGAUUAUGGCACAGGACAUGAAGCUGCGUUUGCAGCCUUUCUCUGCUGCCUCUGCAAAAUUGGUGUUCUCAGAGUGGAUGACCAGAUGGCUAUUGUCUUUAAAGUAUUUAACAGGUACCUAGAAGUGAUGCGAAAACUUCAGAAGACCUACAGGAUGGAACCUGCUGGCAGCCAGGGCGUCUGGGGCUUGGAUGACUUCCAGUUUCUGCCUUUCAUAUGGGGCAGUUCCCAGCUGAUAGACCAUCCAAAUCUGGAGCCUCGACACUUUGUUGAUGAGAAGGUGGUAAAUGAAAACCAUAAGGACUUCAUGUUCCUGGAGUGCAUCCUCUUCAUUACGGAGAUGAAGACAGGCCCCUUCGCUGAGCAUUCCAACCAGCUCUGGAACAUCAGUGCCGUACCCUCCUGGUCUAAGGUCAACCAGGGCCUCAUCCGCAUGUACAAGGCAGAGUGCCUGGAGAAGUUCCCUGUGAUCCAGCAUUUUAAGUUCGGCAGCCUGCUCCCCAUCCAGCCUGUGACAUCCUAAGGAGGCAGCGGGAGGAGCCGAAGCAGCGGAGGUGUAGCGUGGCACUCUUCCUCCUCCCCUCACUCCCUCCUCAUCACCUCACCCGUUCCACAGCCCAUCCAUUCCUGCACAUCCUCAUCGGCAACCACAGACCCAGAGCACUCGGCCUUGCACGGGAGACGGGACCUGAGCAGCUCCUCCUGCAAGUCCCUGCCACGAGGAUGUUUCACAAGUGACCGAGGGGCUGUGCUCUCUGCUCUGCUGCCGUGUGCGGAUCUGGGCUUGUGAAGGGGGUUCACUAGGGGCUGCCUGGCAGCAAAACCCUCUGCUUUCCUUCCCAGGAGGAAGGGGGUGUGGAAGGGAGGAAGGCACGUGUGUAUGCGCUGGUAACAGCAAUUUCCCUUUUGGAAUUUCAUUGAAGUUUCCUGUUGCUGUUUGGUUUGGAAACCAUUGCAGUGGGUGAGGUGUGAGCCUGCACGUGUCUGUAAGUAGGGCACCUUUGCUUGGUUCUUAAAUGGGAAAGGGGAACUGCGGGGAGUCCAGGGUACCACCUCUCCUUUAGCCCUAAUAAGGAAAGCCACCUCCCUCCUUCCACCAUCUCUUCUGCAAGGUUGCCUGGCUCUUCCUUUCACAACACCACCUCUCGUGUGAAGCGAGGAGGCUGUGAGGUCUGAGCUGGUUUUAGAGCUGAGAGCCCUGGCUCUGUGGGAACGGCUGUGCAAGGACUGCUGAGUGGUACCUGCUCAGGCUCCCUCCCCUCUGUAGUUAAUGGGCACAAAGAAUCACACGUUCACACACGUUCAUUGCUGUGUAGGGAUCAUCUGGGUCCAACCUGCCCUCUGUGCUCUCCUCCUCCUCCUCCUCCUCUGUGCUUUGCUGCCCGGGGGCUGGGCUGGCCUCAAUGGCACAAGGUGGCCAUGGUUGCUACUGCUUGGUCAUAAAUUACAAUGACAGCCUUAUAGCAAUGGAUUUCCCCAUAAAGCAGCAUGUUCCUCAGCCCUUUUAGGAAAGCAUCUCUGGAGUGAAGGCAGCAUGGGGGUAAGCAUGCAGCUUAACACGCACUUAUAUACCUGUGCUGGAAACAAAAAGCCUAAUUAGCCCAGGUCAGCAGGUUUUAUCUGGAGAAAACUCUCUUCCUAUUAUUCCUUGCUGGUGCUUCCCAGGCAGCAGGACCAUGCUUUCAGUGCCAGCAGCAGCUCGGAGGUGGGGGAAUGAAUGGAGCCGUGAUCCUGAUCAGCACCAGCAUCACUCAGAGGGCAGAAAUACCUGGAGCUGUUGUGUCCAUAUGUCUUGGCUAGGGUGGCCUACAAACCUGGGGAGGGGAGAUCUUAGGGUUCCCAGGCUGGGUUUGGCAGGGGAUGAGCUUUGGUUGGGGCUGGAGGCAGCUGUGUCCCUUCUCUGGUUGCUUGCCUUUUGCUGAUGCACUGCUAAAUAAGAGGAAGCGAAGAGCAGGUGGCUGCUGAGCUAAAGCAGAGCUUUCUGCCAUUGUCCUGAGCUGGGCAUGGAUCUGAGCUGCCUCAACCAACUAUAGAUGUCCGUUUUAAAUAAUGAAAAACUCAAGUCUUAUUCUAAUCUCAAAUUGUUAACGAGAUGUGUGUGUCAUCUUCGCUUUACAAGUGGGAAUAGGGCUGGAGCUCUGUGCUUGUUGGGAGCCUGCUUCUGGUGGAGCAGACCUCAGGCUUCUCCUUCUGCAUCCCCUCUCCUUGCUGUGUGGCUUCUGGCAAGUGUCACCACGCUGUAACUGACUGCAUGGCAUCUGGCUGGUGAGGGCUGAGCUAAAGUCUGUGGCUUCCCAAACCUGCCCAAGGGCUGGAGAUGCAUUUCUCCCAGUAAUCCUAUGGAAACGGGGCUUCCAUGUAAAAGGAUGGGUGGAAAUGUCAACAUCCACACCCUGUGUACUGGGAGGGACACCCAGAAUGUGAACUACAGCAAAAAAGGGUGGGGAGAUGCUUCCUUCCCCUGCAGCCGCUCUGCAGGGAUGGUGUCCCCGGGUUGGGACCCACCAAGGAGUGGGAAGAGGCUCACAGGUAGCUCUUGCUUGCCUGAAUCUGUGCUUCUGUUCUGCUGGGGCUUUGUGCACUUGGAGCAGCUCAUUCUUGUCUUACACCGUGUGAGAUGGAUCUCUGUAGGUGGCACUUGGCUGCUCGCCUUCCUCCAGCUCCCAGCAGUGAGCAUGGGCUCUCGGGGCUCAGCUCCUCUCCUACAGCUCCGCCAUCAGCAGCGCCUGGGGCCGGAGCAUUCCCCACCCCUCUACCCCCCCCCCAACAUUGUGGUUUUAAUUAAAGUCUCUGUUUUGCACCAGUGCCUGUGUUGGUCUCUCCUGCGUGGGGUUUGUUCCCUCUUUGUGGUGUUGGGAAGAUGCUUUGCAGAGCCACUCGCCUGUUUGUUGGCUGCAUGCUGGCACCAAAACCGACUUCUUGUUGCACUGCAUGAAGCAAGCACAUCCAGGCUGCCUGUGUACCCUUGCUAGCCUCUUUCUCUCCGUGGCACGCUGCGUUUGAUUUAUUUAUUAAACCACUGUGCUCCAUCUGCCCCUCCCUCCCGACUGGGGUUUGGCACCUGGGUGCUGUGCCACCAAGUACCUCUUGAAGAUCAGAGACUCUCAUGACCAAAGGCCGUUUGAGCCGCGUUUCUGAGGCUGAGAACUGGAACCCUUUUCCUUCAGAUGUUUUUCCUGUCCUGCCGUAGGUGCUGACUCAGCACUUCCAGCAUCAGUUUAGCUCAGCAGCUUUGUUGGACGCCUGUAGAAAAUUAUACCUGGAACUUCUCAGGAGCGGUGGGAGCCGGCAUAGCUGUGCUUAGGUUUCUUAUCUUCUCUGUCAGCACGGGGCCGGCUGUGUGUGUGCACAGAUGGGAGUGGGGAAUGUCAUCUUGGGUCAAACAUCUUUGCAUUCAUCUUGGAUGCGUCCCUUGGUGAGCACAGCAGAUUUAAAGUGGGUUUCUCCCCAUUGAGCAAGCUGGGAUUUUUGAUGCAUUUCUCAGAGCUGGGCUGAGCUGGGCUGCGGUGCCUGGGCUCAGGGGCUGCUGUUCUGCUGCUGCUUUGUGUUCCACAGGUCACCACCGGCCUUCCCCGCCUCUGUCUUUGCAGCCCUCUUUUAUAAAUGCUGGUGACAGCUGGUAAUAAAUGAAGUACGAGUUGA